UCAAAAAUCCAAUCCAAUCAAAUUAUAAUCAAUCAAUCAGCGUAAUCUAAUCGCGAUCCAAAUUUUAUUUUUCUUGAUGACUUUGAAAUCCCAGAGUGGGGACAGCCACAACACAAUCUAAUUCGAUUAUUCGCGCGUGUUUAUAUUCAUCAUUUUAAAACUUGUUGAUGAUGAUUAAGAAGAAAUUUCGCAUUUCCAUCAAAAGUUAAAAAUAAAUACACGGUGGACGCUCACUCACAUUCACACACAAACCAUUCGCAUGGUCGUCGAUUUUCUUCAACAAGCAAAAAAAAAGCUUGAUCGACCACUUUCAUUAUUGAACGACGACCUACUUUGUUGCCGUUUAUUGUUGUUGAUUUUCAUUUUUCUUUUUUCGAUUCAAUCAAAAAAAGAAAAGAGAACGUUUGCUCACUUUUUUUCUUUAUUAAAUGUUUCGUUUUACUUAUUAUUGUUGAAGUGGAAAGUUUCGCUUGAUCCAAUUGGUGUGCAUGCAUGAAAGUGAAAAUCGAAACAAAAAAAAAACAACGUCGUCAUUUUCUCGAUAAACUACAAAUUCAUUGGUUUUUUUUGUGUGUACCAAGAAGAAGAAGAAGAUAAUAAUCGUCCAACAAAACAAAAGAAUGAUGUCAAGAAAUUCAUCAAGAAAUUGUUUGGAUAAUCAAUGUCAGGAAUGUGGUUGCCAUUGUGAUAGCUGUGUGAAUAAUAAUAGUAUACAUUUACAUCAAGAAAUUGAAUCAUUAAAAGAACGUUUGAAAGAACGUGAAAAACAAAUUGUAACAAUGGAAUGUCAAAUAUUGAGUCAUGCAAAACAAUAUCCAAAUGGUGAAAUGCAAGCAUUACGUGAUAAUAUCUAUCAUUGGAAUGAUAAAUAUAAUCGUUUGUUGGAGAAUUAUCGUCGUUUACAAAAAGUAAAUCAAGGAUUAGAGGAUAAAUUACUUCGUGUGGCCGAUUGUUUUGAAACGGAACGUAUCCAUAUGAAUCAAAAUAAUGAACAAUUAACACAACGAUUGGAUGAAGCGAAUGCCAGUCUGAUGUUGGUGAAACAACAAAAUCAACAAUAUCUUAAUGAUUAUGAUCUAAUAAUACGAAUGAUCCAACAGCAACCAUCGACAAUGAUCAAUAUUGAAUCGUUUCCCAAUGAUUUUCAAUCACGUUAUCAAAAACAUUUGAAUAAUCAUAACCAAAAUGGUAACGUGAAAACUGUGAAUCAUCGUCAUGUUCAAAUAAUACCAACAUUUCCACCAACCGCUAUUUAUUCAUUUAAUGAUGAUGAUGAUGAACAACAACAAAUUAAUGGUAGUGGUGAUGAUACAAAUAAUCAGCCACCAGACUCUUCAAAUAUACUAUCGCCAGCACAAGCAAUACGAUUAUCACAAAUAUUGGCAAAACAACAGCAGAAUAUUUGUUCCAAUUGUAAAACAAACAUGGAUAAUCAACCAGAAUUGAUUAGGCCGCCGCCAGAGCAAAAUAUGACAAUUGGCAAUUAUAAUUCAUUCAUAAUGGAAAUGUCCAAUUCUGGUUCCAAAACAUCAUCGUUUAUAGAUGAUAAUAAUCGUACGAUUAUCAUCUAGGUAGAUAUAUAUAUAGAAUUAUGAAUUCCACACACUCGAGCACACCCCGAAACAUUCGAAUUCAUUUAUUUGACGAAAAAACAAAACAAAAAUUUCUUUUGUAAAAUGACUUUAUUUUUCUGUUGUUAUUUUGCACUUUGACUGUGAUUGGUAUAUAUGUUUAUUAUAUCAAAUUAUAUUAAUAAAAUCGCCAUGUUUGUUUGGUAUACCAUGAAUAA